CCACAUUCUACCACAAUCAAUCCACACACACACACACUCACUCUUCCCCUUCCUCUUCCCCUUCCCCUUCUUUCAGUUUCCCUAGCAGGCCUCUUCAGUCCGGCGAGCACAAAACCGUUAAUAAAAAUGGCAAGCAGAGGAUGAUCAACCGUCGUCACCCACAACCGCACCCCAAGUCAUCAUGUCGGCGCUGACGUCGUAUUCCGAUUGCUUCUCGGACCUCCUGUGCGAGGAGGACUCAUCGGAGAUCUUCUCCGGCGAGUCGCCGGCGGAUUGCUCGUCGGACAUCGAGUCGUCAUCCUGCUCGGAGGAAUCCAUCGCCUGUUUCAUCGAGGGCGAGGACCGGUUCGUGCCCGGAUUCGGCUACUUGGCCCGCUUCCACUCCCAGUCUCUCGAUGCCUCCGCUCGUGAGGAAGCUGUUGCAUGGAUUCUCAAGGUCCGGGCGUAUUACAACUUCGCUCCCCUGACGGCGUAUCUCGCCGUCAACUACCUCGAUCGGUUCCUUUAUUCCCGCCGCUUGCCGCAAACGGAUGGAUGGCCGUUACAGCUGCUAUCGGCGGCAUGCUUGUCGCUGGCGGCGAAGAUGGAGGAGCCGAUGGUUCCGGCGCUGCUGGAUCUACAGGUGGAAGGCGCCAAGUUCGUAUUCGAACCAAGAACGAUCGGACGGAUGGAGCUUCUGGUCCUGACGGAGCUGGAUUGGAGGCUGCGGUCCGUAACUCCGUUUAGUUUCAUUGGGUUCUUUGCAUGGAAGCUGGACCCCACCGGGAGUUACUCCGGCUUCCUCGUUUCAAGAGCUACGGAUAUCAUCUUGUCGAAUAUCCAAGAGGCUAGCUUCGUGGAGUAUCGGCCGUCGAGCAUCGCCGCCGCGGCAGUACUAUGUGCCGCCGACGAGAUCCCAAGCUUGUCUCUCGCCAAUCCCGAACACGCCGAGUCUUGGUGUGAUGGGCUAAGCAAAGAGAAAAUCUUGAGCUGCUACCGGCUAAUGCAAGAGCUGGAGCAGGAAGCUGGCAGCAGCCGGCGGUCAUCAAAAGCGGCGGCGGUACUGUCGACGCCGCCGCCGCCGCAGCUACGGGUAACGGUACUCGGUGGCAGAAAGAGGUCUAGUAAUACUUCUAAUACUGAUACUGCUACCGAGUCAUCAUCUUCGUCUUCUUCUUGUUCAUCAUCGUCAUUAUCUCCGUCUAUUAAAAGGCAAAAAUUGAGUAACUUAUUGUGGGAAGAUGGUGACAAAGGAAGCUCCGAGUGAUGGGAAGAAGGGAAUCAAAAACAAAGGAAAAAACGAGAGAAAAGAGGCGGGGAGAAGGUGGUGGUGUGGGGCAGAGAGAGGGGGAGAAAAAAAAAGUCUCUAUAUAUACAUCCAAAAAUUAUUGGCAUUUUAGAAUCCUCGGAAAUAUUUUGGUUGGAAGAUGGGUUUCGAGAGUGAAGCUGAGCCAGCAAGCAUUGACUCCAGCGAGUCGUCAUAAAUUAUACAUAAACUAUAUAUAUUAAUAUAAUAAUGUAUAUAUAUGGUUAUGGGUUUGGUGAGAGUUUGGCAGAUUUAUUGAUUUUUUUUUUUUUUUUUUGAGAGAGAGAGAGGUUGCUAGCUUUUGAAUUGGAGAGCAGCAACGGAGCUAGCUAGAGAGUAGAUAAGCCUUGCCUGCCUGGCUGCCUUGCCACUUUGAUUAAUAUUGAUGGCAUUGCAGAUUUCCCAUUGGUGGGGAGAGAAGGAGAGGCAAUUUUUUUCGGUAUUCUUAUUCUUGUGUGAGAAAGUCAGUGAAGGAAAGGAAGAAAAAAGAGAGAAAGAAAGCUGUCAAAGAAGUGGGUUGUAGUUCAAUGGCAGCAUCAAUCGACUAUUGAAAAACAAGGGCGGGCUGGCUGGCUGGCAGCGUCAAUGGAGGGACCCUUUUGGUCAUUUAUUAAGGCGGAACUUUCAAAAUGGGUUCGGCAGAAAUCGGAUUUGAUGUGUGCAGUGCAAGCGAGCAAGUCUAUGGUAUGGAGAGACUAAUGGAAUGGAAGUCUACAUUACUGCUGCGACUGUGCUGCUGCAAGCAACAAACAAAUAGUUGCAUGGUGGCUUCAUCGAUCAAUGCCCUGUUGAUAAGGAAACGUUUCGAGAAGAGUGGAUUUGUGAUGGGAGGCCCAAGACUGUGUGUGUGUGCGCUUUUUCCAUGGCGGUGGUGCAACAACAUCCUGGGCUCGUCAUCACACGUGUGUAUGUGUGCUUUUUUGGCGGGAAACUUUUUUGGAACCCCUUUUUUUUUUGUUACUCAUAAAACAUACUAGAGAAAGAAGACUCCUUCCGGUCCUUUUUAGUUUUUACCUUCCCACGGCCACGGGCGUCGGCGGUGGUGAAUGGAGUUAGUAUACGUGUGCGUGUGUAUGUAGAAUCUUUUUAUUUUUUCUGUUUAAAUUUUGUAUUUUUUUUAUUUUUUUAAUUUGGUUUGGAAGAUGGAGGAGAUUAAGGAUCUCUCUUCCAAAAGAAAGGAGAGGGAGGGGGGCCCUCAUUGAAACAAACCCCUGAUAAAAAAAAAACAAAUACAAGAAGAAGAAAUGAAAGGGUCUUUGGGGCCUUUUGUGUUCAUUCAUCCAUGGCGUGGUUUGUUUACUUUCCUUUGUAAUCGUAUCCCAUCAGAUUUUGAUCGACAAUAAAUAAAUAAUAAUAAA